AUGUUUAAUGGUCCUGAGGCUGUAGCUUGGGAAAACAUAUGUCAACCAAAAAAAGCAGGAGGUUUGGGAAUCAUAAAGAUAGAAGAGUGGAAUAAAGCAGCUAUUUGUAAGUACAUCUGGGCCAUAUCUAACAAGCGGGACAGCCUCUGGCAAAGAUGGAUACAUAGUGUAUACCUUAAGGAUCAAGAUUGGUGGAACUACACAGCCUCUAUCCAUGCCAGCUGGUAUUGGAAAAAGCUGGUAGCCAUCAAAGAACAGCUGAAGCUGAAGUGUGAUACAGUAGAAUUCCAGCAGAGACAUUACACAAUUGCAGCAGGUUAUGUACUCUUUUCUCCUCCUGGAACUAAACAGAAAUGGUGCAAUGAGGUAUGGAAUAGAUUGAAUAUCCCCAAACAUAGUGUUAUCUUAUGGUUAGCCAUGUUAAAUAGAUUGAAAACAAAAGAUAGAUUGCUCAAGCAUGGAUUACAAGUUAGUGAACUAUGCUGUCUGUGUAAUGAUCAAGUUGAAACGGUGCAACAUCUAUUUUUCGAAUGUGAUGUGGCUGUGAAUUGGUUGAAGGAUAUAAAACAGUGGCUGUCUUGGAAUGUGGUGUCUUUGAAUCUUGCUACUUUACUCAGGUGGAUUGCAAGGGCCAAGAUUUCGAAAUUCCGAAAGAAGGUAUAUACUGCUGCAAUAGCUGGACUGGUUUAUAGUGUUUGGAAGCUGAGGAACAACAUAACUUGGCAAGGGGAAUCAUUAUCCAAUAACCGGGUUACUGAGGAGACAAAAUGGACUAUCAAAACACGUAUUGUUGUGUUUACACCCAAGAAGACUAAAGAAGUAGAUAAAAAAUGUAUUUUUGAUGAUAGAGUUAUUCUUUGGGUCAUAAAAACUCGUGAUCCUGGAUGCAAGGAGGUUAUCCGCCAGGCGUGGGAAAUUGAGGUUAGGGGUUUCAAGAGUUAUCAGCUUGUGGUUCGGCUCGCUGAAACUAGGCGGAAGCUUGCUAAGUGGAACAAAGAAGUGUUUGGGUUUUGUAAGGAUAAGCUUGCUCUGUUAGAAAAGUUGUUGAGUGAGAUUCAAGGCCGUCCCCCGUCUUCGGAUAGUUUGAGAAUUGAAGCUGAUAUUCUUCUUGAGAUGGAAGAGAUUCAUAAGCGGGAUCAAGAGAUUUGGAAGCAGAAAUCCCGAGAAUUGUGGUUGAAGGAUGGGGAUCGGAAUACUAGAUUCUUUCGUGCCUCUACGGUCAUCCGCCGGAAGCGUAACUUUGUGGGUGCAGUUUCCGAUAAUGGAUCGGAUUGGGUGACAGGCCGGGAGAAUGUGGGGCAGUAUUUUCGCAACAAGUUUAUGGAGGUGUUCUCUACAAACAAUAAUGGUUUGAAGAGCGAGGUCUUUGAGAACAUCCCUCGGGUGGUGUCCCCGGAGGAUAAUGUUGAACUUAUGAGGAUUCCUUCGGCUGAGGAGAUUAAGGCGGUUGUUUGGUCCAUGGGUCAGCUAAAGGCCCUUGGUCCGGACGGGAUGUCGGGCCGUUUCUACAGAGCUCAUUGGGAUAUAAUUGUAUCUAAACUUCUGGCCAACCGUAUUAAGAGGCUCCUGCCGGGUAUUAUCUCUCCUUUCCAAUCUGCUUUUGUCCCGGGGCGAUGGAUUGCGGAGAAUGGUAUUAUUGCUCAUGAGAUCAUGGAUUCCUUCAAAAAGUUGAGAGGCCGUAAGGGGUUCGUUGGGUUGAAAUUGGACAUGUCAAAAGCGUAUGAUCGGUUGGAAUGGGGGUUCCUUGACAAGUCCCUGGAAUCCUUUGGGUUUGAGGUCGGCUUUAGACGAUUGGUUGCUAAGUGUGUGUCCUCGGUGUCCUUCUCGAUUCUCCUAAAUGGUGGCCCCCUUAAGCAAUUCUCCCCCGAAAGGGGCCUGAGACAGGGAGACCCCUUAUCCCCAUAUCUGUUUAUCCUGUGUAGUGAAGUGCUCUCCCGGCUCCUGCUUAACUCGGAACGUCAAGGGUUCAUUAAGGGGUUCUCCUAUUCAAGGAAUGGUUUGCCUAUCUCCCACCUCAUGUAUGCUAAUGACACCUUUAUCUUCUGCGAAGCCAACAAGGAGAAUGUGUUGGAGGUCAAACGAUGUUUGGAAAAGUAUUGUACUAACUCAGGCCAGUGUGUGAACUCAAACAAGUCUGCUAUAGUCUUCUCGGAUAAUGUUGGUAUGGAGCUGAGAGGUGAAAUCAAGGGUUUGUUGGGAUAUCGUGAUCUUAAUCGAAGUGAUAAGUUCCUUGGGAACCCGAUUCUGUUGACGGGGAGUAAAGUUAGGGAUUUUGGCUUUCUGGUUGACAAGAUGGCGCGGCGUAUUGAAGGAUGGAAAUUUAGGCUCUUAUCUCUUGCGGGUCGCACUACCUUGAUUCAAUCGGUGGCUUUGAACGUCCCUAUCUAUACUAUGUCUUCCUUCCUGAUCCCUAAGAGUAUCUGUACUGCCUUGGAUAAGUUGGUGCGCCGUUUCUGGUUGAAAGGGUCUGAUGAUUCGAGUAGAUUUCUAGCUUUGGCAAACUGGGAUUCAAUUUGUGUUCCUAAGCGGUGGGGUGGUCUCAGUUUCAAGAAGUUCGAGGAUCUUAACUUCGCCCUCGUGGCCAAACUUGGUUGGAAUCUCGCGGCUGGGAGCAAUGCAGUGUGGUGCCAAGUGUUCAAGGAUAAGUAUUUUAGAAGAUCUAGCUCCUUUUGGAGCGCUUCGAAGUCUUCCUCUUGGUCUUAUGGAGCUAGAAGUAUCAUGGCCACUAGAGAGUUUAUCCAGGAUGAAUCUUGUUUCAUGAUUAGGAAUGGUGAUUUGGUGGAUAUUUGGCAUUCCCCGUGGCUGCCCGGUUAUGGGUGGGAGAGGUAUGAAGCUUCCUUCAAUCCAAGAAUCCGUGAGAAAGGGGUGCGGGUUAGUUCCUUAUUUACCCCAGAAAGUGGCGGUUGGAAUCGGGAGGCCCUUGAGACCUGGUUUUUACCUGGCUUGGUUAAAGAUGCCCUCGAGGUUCCUAGGCUUCCUUUGGUGGCGAAAGACGAGCUUUUUUGGAAAUCAGCUCCGGAUGGUUUGUUUUCGGUUAAAAGGGCAUACUUGGCUCGCACUCGAGAUCGGGGUUUUCUUGAGACACUUUGGAGUGCUCUUUGGAAAGUUUCGGGUCCUGAGAGGAUUAAGAUUUUCCUUUGGAGGCUUGCUAGAGACAUCCUCCCGUUUGGGUGUAGGAUCCAAUGCAUUUUCGGUAAUAGUUCUUAA